AUGCAAUUAUUGCCCGAAUGUUUCGAUGCUCUUAAAUACCGUGAAGACGAUUUGGAACGAGAGGAAAUGGAGCACAGUCGAUACAAAGGUGAACUAAACAAAAUUCUCAAAUAUCAUUCUGAAGCGUCGGAAAUUAGGGAAGAAGUGCAACAGAUUUUAAGGAAUUUCCAGGCUAAGCAACAAAACAUUUAUAUGAACCUUAAAAUGGUUGAGAAAAGAAGGGAGUUGCUUGAGAAGGAACAAAACUCACAUACAGUAUUACAGCCACCCACCCAAUCAGCGAAAGUGUCCCUAUGCAUUGAUGACAUUCUCCGUAGGAUAAAAAACAUUGGACCUGUUGUAGAUAAUAACGAAACUAUGCGUUGCGAGUACAUUUCUACUAUCUUACAUACAGCUGUAAGUCUUCUUGAUGGUAUGCGAAAUAUUAGAGGAAAUAAUUUGCAUAAACCGAAGGCAAACAAAACCAGGCGACUGUGGGUAUCUGCCAAAACUUACUAUAAUGUCGACAUGAAUGUAAAUAUGAACAAGAAAAAGCGAAAGAUUGAUGAUGCGUUCGAUCCCGAUCCCGAUUACGUCUUUGGUAUAGUCAGUACUGGAACCGACUGGUACGUCAUUCUUCAUAGCACCGAGGGCAUCUACUGUACGAGCAGGACUGAGUAUCGAAUUUCACUUACAAAGAUGAUAAGGAAUGUAAAGAGGGUUUUAGAGGUUAUAGUAGGAUUGUUAAAGGAUAGAAUAGUAGGUAGUGAGGAACCCGCAACUAAGAAGCGUCGUGUAGAAGAGAUAAUCAAGAAAAGGUAA